AUGAUUUUGGGUGACGCAAAAGCUUUUGUUCGUGGCCACGUCGUCCAGUGUUUAGGUGCCCGCCGCAUGAUGACGUUGCUCCUAGCACUCGUCUUCAUGUCUGGAAUCUUUAUCACCUUCAUCGUCUUCUCCGACUCUAUAUCUGACUAUACCUACAGUCAAUUCUCCGGAUUAAGAUCUUAUGCUACCUCAGGUAAAAAAAACAACAACCAACCAAUUCUUACAGAAGGUGAUUUUGCAGACGCAAAAACUUACCUAUCCCAUCACACAGGCAAAAAUGCAAACAGAUAUGUCUCUACUGACCCAUGGAGACCUGAAUCUGUUUAUAAUAACGCAGAACCCCCUGGAACAGAACAUCACAGACCUUUGGCUCCUAAACUUAAUACUUACCGCAGCAAAGGAGAAUACCUGCGCCAAACUCUUGUCGCCGACUAUGCUCCAGGAACCGAGCGACUUUUCCUCAUGAUGAAAGAAGGUGCUACUGUACUUUGGGAUCGUAUCCCUGUACAUCUUUUAACCACCUUCACGCGUGUGCCAUAUUUUGCCAUUUAUGCAGAUGCACCAGCAUCCAUUGGUGGGUUUGAAGUUAUUGACGUGCUGGCCAACGUCACUACCAAAACCCGUGAGAGUCACGAUUUCAGAUUAUAUCAUCAGCUGCGCGAGAUGCGCGACUCUCAUGCUAUUUUCAACCCCAAAGAUGCUCACCUUGAAGGUGGUUGGGACCUUGACAAGUAUAAAAACGUUCCAAUGCUUGCUCACGCUUUGCGUGUGGCCCCACCUCAUGUUGAAUGGUUUGCAUUCAUGGAUGGCGAUACUUAUUUUUUCCUGGACAAUCUGCUCGAUUAUUUAAAGACUCUUGAUGCCAAGGACAAGUUGUAUUUAGGAUCAGGGGCCAUGUACAAUGAUGUUAUAUUUGCUCACGGCGGGUCCGGCGUAGUUUUGUCUCGUGCAGCGCUCCAAGCGACGUUGGGUAUCCACCCUGAAUGGGAAUUUGAUCUGGAAACGGAAACACGUAAUUCAUGCUGCGGUGAUUACAUUGUUGCAAAGUUGCUUGAAAAGGCUGGCAUUGAGCUUUCACGAGGGUAUAGUUACCCGACCACUGGAUGGAAAUUCCAAGGUCAGCCGUAUUGGAAUUUACAUUCAACCAGUGAGACAUGGUGUCAAAAAGUUGUUAGUUUCCAUCAUCUCACUCCCGUGGAGGUUGAGAUUUUAUGGGAGUAUGAGAGAAUGUUGGGGCCCCAAGGUCGCAAACAUAUCACUUAUGGUGACAUUUACUUGGACUUUGUUUCACCGUAUAUUGAUGAACGCAUGGUAAAUUGGAACAAUUUUGCACAAAAAUGGCAAUUUAGUGAGAGUAAUGAUAGAAGAGAUGAAGAAAAGGAGAGAGAAGAAAAAGAAGAAAAAGAAAAGGAAGAAAAGGAAGAAAAGGAAAAGGAAGAGAAUAAAGAAGAAACUAAAGAAGAAACUAAAGAAGAGGCUAAAGAAGUCAAACCUGAUGACCAACAAAAAACUCGAAUGUUUGUUAAGAGAAAAGAAGGAGAAAAAGACGAACAGAGACCAUGGUAUUCAGAAUCCAACUGCCGCAACAUGUGCGAGAGUUAUGAUGACUGUUUAAGCUGGCGGUACCUUCCUGAAGAUAAGUUUUGUGGAAUGGAUGAUGCUGUUCGUUUGGGUCAGCCAGUAUUUAAAGAUGUUAAGAUUAGUUCAGUUGAUGGUGAUGAAAAGUUAGGAGGCAAGGGAGCAAUUUCAGGGUUUUUGCUUCAAAGAAUUCGCCGGAUGCGUGCAGAACAAAAGUGUGAUGUGAUUUCUGGAAUGUCACAACAAGAUGAUGAUGCAUAUUUAGAAAGAAUACAAAGUGGAGAAGAAAAGGAUAGAUAUGAGGGAUGGAUUCGUCGGCUAGAAAAUCAAAAGAAAAACAAUUAG